AAAUAUUACAGGCGCAGAAAAGAGAGAGAGAGAGAGGAGAAUGGCAGGAGGCCGGUGUUGGUCAUUGUCAUCGGAGAAGAUGAUACAGCAAGCGAAAGAGGAGCUGCAGAUACUCGAAGCUCACUAUCCAAAUCGAUUUGAUUACCUGAAGCUCGAACUCAACUCUUUCAUCUUCCAAUAUCACUAUUGCCACUCUCCAAUUUCCACUCCUUCCACUCCCGCUACCACUCAAGGAUCGUCGACGAACAAGAAGAGGAAGAUUAACGUGGAAGAAGAUGAUGGUGAUGGGAGAUUGAUGGUGAAGCAGAGAAAGGAUAGAGUUGAUUUGGUGCUGGAGAGGGCGGAACUUUGUCUUCGAAAAAUUCGACAAGUGAAAUCUACCUUCUUUUCCUAA